UCUUAUUGUUUGCCAACAGUAUACUCGUUCCAGCGAUUGCAUUAAAUUUGUAUUACAUUUUUUACUGAGAUUCAAUCAUUAUUGUAAUUCAUCAAUUUUUGGGAUUCUGCUGUACAUUAUUUGAAGAUUUGUUAUCACCUAUAAAGCACCUAAGAUGACUCGGCACGCACGCAACUGCACAGCUGGAGCUGUUUAUACUUAUCACGAAAAGAAGAAAGAUGCUGAAUCGUCUGGUUUUGGGACAGCAUCUCGUCGUAUAGGCAAGGAUUCCGUGAAAAGUUUCGAUUGCUGUUCACUCACUCUGCAGCCCUGUCGAAAUCCGGUUAUCACCAAAGAUGGCUACUUGUUCGACAAAGAAGCAAUUUUACAAUACAUAAUAACAAAAAAGAAAGAUUUUACCAGGAAAAUGCAAGAAUAUGAACGUCAGGUAAAAGAGGAUCAAGAUGAACAAACGGAAAAAGCUAAUGCUGAGACCAAAAAACAGCUAGACAAGUUCAUUUCGUCUGAGAAAAAUAUUGUUAGCAGUAAGACAUCAAAUCCUGUUGAUGAAAUUCCCAGCACUAGUGGAGCCAUAUCGAACGUGUCACUUGGUAAGCGCAAAGAAUUGCCCAGUUUUUGGGUGCCAUCGCAGACACCAUCAGCAAAGAAAGCGCGCAUAGAGAAACCUGAUAGUAAAGUGUAUUGCCCUAUGUCCGGUCGUUCAUUAAAGGCACGAGAUCUGAUCGAAGUAAAGUUCACCUUAGUCAAAGAUGCUUCUGAUAAAAAGUCUUUGAUUGCAAAGGAAAACCGGUAUAUGUGUGCUGUUACCCAUGACAUAUUGAAUAAUUCCGUACCGUGUGCUGUGCUGAAAACUACCGGAGAUGUAGUUACUCUGGAAUGUGUGGAGAAAAUUAUCAAAAAAGAUAUGAUUCACCCAUUGACGAACGAAAAGCUGUCCGAAUCUGAUAUCAUUACUUUGCAGAGGGGUGGUACUGGUUUUUCCACAACCAAUGAUAAUCUGCAGGCUAAAGAAGCUAGGCCUGCUUUACAAUGCUAAUUUAGUGAAUUUAGAUUAUAGUUGACUAAUAUAUUUAAGUUCUCAAUAAUCUAAUAAAUGCUUCAAAGUAA